UCCAGUUUAACUUUUUCAGGUUGCUAUGACCCAUCCUAUGGCCGUUACCAACUGCAACAUUGAUAUGGAAAGUUUAAUUUCCGACCAAAAUAGAAGCAUUGCUACACUUGCAAUCACCACACUUCUGAAGACAGGAAAUGAAUCAAGUGUGGAUCGUUUAAUGAAGCAGAUAACAAAUUUCAUGUCGGAUAUUGCUGAUGAGUUCAAAAUUGUUGUAGUGGAAGCAAUAAGAUCUUUAUGCUUGAAAUUUCCCUUGAAAUACAGAGCUUUGAUGAACUUUCUAAGCAAUAUUCUUAGGGAAGAAGGUGGAUUCGAGUACAAGAAGGCAAUUGUAGAUUCAAUUGUGAUCCUCAUCAGAGACAUCCCCGAUGCAAAGGAAAGUGGGUUACUUCAUCUGUGCGAGUUCAUUGAAGAUUGUGAAUUUACUUAUCUUUCAACACAGAUACUCCAUUUUCUGGGAAUUGAAGGCCCAAAAGCAUCAGAUCCAAGCAAAUAUAUAAGAUACAUCUAUAACCGUGUGCAUCUUGAGAAUGCAACUGUUAGAGCCAGUGCAGUUAGCACACUAGCAAAGUUCGGGGCUAUGGUUGAUUCAUUGAAGCCUCGCAUAUAUGUUCUGCUAAAGCGUUGUCUCUAUGAUAGUGACGACGAGGUUCGUGACAGGGCUACACUUUAUCUGAAUACACUUGGCGGUGAUGGUGUCUCUGCUGAAGCCAAUGAAGAUGCAAAGGCUUUUCUUUUUGGGUCCCUGGAUGUUCCUCUUGUCAACUUGGAGAACAGCCUGAAAAAUUAUGAGCCAUCAGAAGAACCUUUUGAUAUCAAUUCUGUGUCAAAGGAAGUCAGGUCUCAGCCACUUGCUGAGAAGAAAGCCCCAGGUAAAAAGCCAACUGGCCUUGGUGCUCCUCCAAGUGGCCCUGCAUCCAGUGUUGAUGCUUAUGAAAGACUGCUUUCCUCUAUUCCUGAAUUUGGCGGCUUUGGCAAGCUUUUCAAGUCUUCUGCACCUGUGGAAUUGACAGAAGCAGAAACAGAAUAUGCUGUUAAUGUUGUCAAGCACAUUUUUGAUAGGCAUGUGGUGUUUCAGUAUAACUGUACCAACACAAUUCCUGAGCAGUUACUGGAAAAUGUCAUGGUUAUUGUGGAUGCUUCAGAAGCAGAGGAAUUCGCUGAAGUGGCAUCCAAGCCCCUAAAAUCUCUCCCAUAUGAUUCACCUGGUCAAACUUUUGUGGCAUUUGAGAAGCCAGAAGGUGUUCCUGCAGUUGGGAAAUUCUCGAACAUGCUCAGGUUCAUUGUUAAGGAGGUUGAUACAACAACUGGUGAGACAGAGGAUGAUGGUGUGGAAGAUGAGUACCAGCUGGAGGACCUUGAGGUUGUGGCAGCUGAUUAUAUGAUAAAAGUUGGUGUCUCCAAUUUCAAAAAUGCUUGGGAAAGCAUGGGUCCAGAUUGUGAGCGAGUGGAUGAAUAUGGCCUUGGCCCAAGGGAAAGCCUGGCAGAAGCAGUAAGUGCUGUCAUUGAUCUUCUUGGCAUGCAGCCAUGUGAGGGCACAGAGGUUGUCCCCAACAAUUCAAGGUCACACACAUGUAUACUGUCUGGUGUAUACAUAGGUAACGUCCGGGUGCUUGUGCGAUUGCUUGGAAUCGACGGUCCCAAGGAGGUUGCAAUGAAACUUGCUGUUAGAUCUGAUGAUGCAUCCGUUAGCGAUGCCAUUCAUGAGAUUGUAGCAAGCGGCUAGUUGAUCCAUACAUGAUUCUUUUUUCUUUUUGGGCCUUCAUUGGUCCUCUCUCUUUUUUGAACAAGACCAGAAGCGGAUGGCUACAAAACAGAACCAUGUAGAAAAGGUUUUGAGAACCCCUUGGGUUGAGGUGUUAGGAUUAAUGGGGCAUUCUUUUUCCUUAUCUGUGUCUUUUUCUUUAAAGGUCGUCUGUUAAUCUGGCAAUAAUUCUAUUGUAUCAUGCGAGUCAAGUUUAUAGGAAUAUUUUCUUUUUCUUCAUUUUAAACAUUCUGUGGGAUUCAGUAUAGGUACCAUGAAGCUGGGGUGAUAUGAAAUGCUUGUUAAUUUUGUUAGAUUCUUGUUGUGCUUAAUACGAACAGUACCUUAAGGUUUUUUAUU